CGCAGCCGCGCUGACGGAAGCCAUCGGAGGGGAAGGCUGGAAAAGACAAGAUGGCGGAGUGAGUGGGCUGCGCUUUGUGAGGACGGCCGCGACCCUCAAACAUCGACAAAAACCCUCCGAACGGACGUUCCGAGUCACCCGUUACCGGCGUUACUCUGGUCUUGACCCCUUGGAUCGAAGGAGGCCGGGGUAUUUUUCCGGGCGGUGGCGGUGCGAGCUCAGACUCUGACGGGAGUUGUUGUUGGGCUAGGCCUCGGUCUCUCUCGGCCCUCGCUCCCCGCGACCAUCGACCCUCCGCCGGCCAGCGCUCCCCGCGAACACCGCUCCUCCGCGGGGCCACCAUGGCGAGCAGCAGCGGCUCCAAGGCCGAGUUCAUAGUCGGUGGGAAGUACAAGCUGGUGCGGAAGAUCGGCUCGGGCUCGUUCGGGGACAUUUACCUGGCCAUCAACAUCACGAACGGAGAGGAGGUGGCGGUGAAGCUGGAGUCACAGAAAGCCCGACACCCGCAGCUGCUGUACGAGAGCAAGCUGUACAAGAUCCUGCAGGGAGGGGUCGGGAUCCCGCACAUCAGGUGGUAUGGACAGGAAAAGGACUACAAUGUCCUAGUCAUGGACCUACUUGGACCCAGUCUGGAGGACCUGUUUAACUUCUGCUCUCGUCGGUUCACCAUGAAAACGGUCCUGAUGCUGGCAGACCAGAUGAUCAGCAGAAUUGAGUAUGUACACACAAAGAACUUCAUCCACAGAGACAUCAAACCAGACAACUUCCUCAUGGGCAUUGGCCGUCACUGUAACAAGUGUUUAGACUCGUCAGUGGGGAAGAGGAAAAGAAGCUUGGCUGUUAGCUCUUCUCAGGACCCAUCUUUCUCAGGAUUAAACCAGUUGUUCCUUAUCGACUUUGGUUUGGCAAAGAAGUACAGAGACAACCGAACUCGACAACACAUCCCCUACAGAGAAGACAAGAACCUGACUGGCACUGCACGCUACGCCUCCAUCAACGCACACCUGGGCAUCGAACAGAGUCGCCGUGACGACAUGGAGUCUCUGGGUUACGUGUUGAUGUACUUCAACAGAACCAGUCUGCCCUGGCAAGGAUUAAAGGCUGCCACUAAGAAGCAAAAGUAUGAGAAGAUCUCAGAAAAGAAGAUGUCCACCCCCGUUGAGGUCCUGUGUAAGGGUUUCCCAGCGGAGUUUGCCAUGUACCUGAACUACUGCCGCGGCCUGCGCUUUGAGGAGGCACCAGACUACAUGUACCUGCGCCAGCUGUUCCGCAUCCUUUUCAGGACUCUGAACCACCAGUACGACUACACGUUCGACUGGACCAUGCUCAAACAGAAAGCAGCGCAGCAGGGCGCCUCCUCGGGGGGCCAGGGGCAGCAGGCACAAACCCCCACAGGCAAGCAAACUGACAAACCCAAGCCUAACAUGAAAGGGUUCUGAGCGGCAGCAGCUGCUGGUGAUGGACCAACCAGCAGGGGGAGUGUUCCUGGAUGCUGACACGACUAGACCUGGGCGUCCUUCAUCAUAAGUAUCAGUGUAACGGAGCAUACCGACGUACACGCCUCUGCCGUGUCUUCUUCAUGUGUAUACGUCACUAAGAUCCACUCGGGAGUCGUCGUCUGUUUUUUUGUUUUUUAAUUUAGGAUGGAGGCUGUAGCCACUCCCUGUCCCCGGCACCCCUCCCCCAUCUGUCCUCUACUUUGACUUUUAUUUACCAGAUUUCUGUCUGACCGGCUGUCUGUCCGUCUGUCAGACACUCAGUUUCCUGUCCCAGUGGAGCCGCCUCACAUCCCCCAGAUAAACAUGUAAAGUGUUGGAAUGAUUGAUGAUGCAGCCCUGGAUGUUUAUUUACACCAGACUGGUGGUUUAUUUUCCUCCUUUUCUUUUGUUUCCAUGGUAAUUAAGAGUUUGCCUGUUGAAUUUGAGGAGCGAUGGCAGCGCUCACUGGUAGAACCAUACUUUUGCUUUCUCCUCUUUAGAACUCUGAAUUAAAUCUGUUGUAAAACCUAUGGUCUUCUCCAGAAAUGCCAAUAAAAAUCAUUACUAAACUCAGAA